UGUCAUGUUACUUACUCCGUUAAUGUUUUCUUUUUAUCCUUAUUCUUUUUAUUCUUAUAUUCAUAAAAAUUCAUGCUACUCUUCAAUGUGUUCUACCUAGGUUAUAGCAUUGCAGUACAGCUAAAACGAACAGACUAAAGUAAAAUUUGUUUAAUUGUUACGUUAUUCAUCUGUGAAUAUGUUGCGAAGAACGAGCAGUUUAUUACCAUCAAUCACCACUUAUGGGUACAAAAUAAGUAACAGAUAUUUAAAUUUUGUACCGGUUGUAGUGGAGCAAAGUGGACGUGGUGAACGAGCAUACGACAUUUACUCGCGCUUACUGAAGGAACGCAUUAUUUGCCUUAUGGGACCGAUUACAGAUAAUGUAUCCUCUGUGGUAAUUGCUCAACUUCUCUUUCUUCAAUCAGAAAGUAGUAAAAAUCCAAUUCAUAUGUACAUUAAUUCGCCUGGUGGGAGUGUAACAGCGGGACUCGGAAUUUACGACACCAUGCAAUACGUUCUCCCACCUGUAGCCACAUGGUGCGUAGGUCAGGCAUGUUCCAUGGCCAGUCUGCUUUUGGCAGCUGGAGCCAAGGGCAUGCGUCAUUCCUUACCAAAUGCCAGAAUCAUGACGCAUCAACCAUCAGGAGGAGUGCAAGGACAGGCUACAGAUAUUCAAAUUCAAGCACUAGAAAUUCUCAAAUUGAAAAAACAGAUCAAUGGAUUGUAUGUCAAGCAUACUGGACAGGAUCUAGAAAAAAUAGAAAGCAGUAUGGAAAGGGACAAUUUUAUGAGCCCAACACAAGCCAAGGAGUUUGGUUUAAUAGACAAAGUGUUAGCACACCCUAUGCAAGAGGAAACAGCAGAAGCAGAGAUAGAAAAAACAAGCAAUAUGCCAACUCAGCUUUGAUUGUGCUGGACGCGAUAGGAUAUAGUAUAUACAGUUUUUAUUUCUUUGAAGGAUGUAUAAAAAAGAGAAAACGUACGUAUCAAUAUUUAAUAAUAAUAAAAUAUUUAUAAAACAA